UUCAUAUACCGGAAAUACUGUCGCCAAUGGAUAAAAUGGCGAUAUGAGCAGCUACAGUGUAACAGAAAUUGGGCAGUACAGUAGAGAACUGCGUCUCCCUGCAGACAACAAUGAUUAAACCGCCUUUCGCGGUUCACCUCAGGACUUAAAAUGCCAACACAACAUUACUCAUUAAUGUGUUGUAAUACAGGUGCACGCAAGAGAAUGUAACGGCACGCCACAAAUGGACAAAGACAGACUCGCAGCCGGAGCAUGCUCUUGGCUGGAGAUGCAUACUUUCAUUGGCGACCUUAUGGCAGCUAGUGCAUCAGUUUCUGGUCAUCCAUUGAGAGAGCAGCGUACUGAAGAAACACUGAGCUCUAUCUGGCACACGGCUAGGCCUGAGACCCUAAGACCCAAAGCCUCUCAUCCUCCCCAUUCAAACCCAUCCAGACAGAGCCAGGAGAAAAUUGCUCUAGAUUUUGGUCUGCAUUCUGAGGAAAGGGAAAGAGAGUCCAAGGACCAUGGAAGCCAUGUUCAGCAUCGUACCUGCACAUGUUCUGGCUGCCCACUUUCCUCGUCUCCCUCUCCUUCCACACUCCAGACCCUGAAACCCAGAGGCAGCCCUGUCUCACAAAUCCAACCACCCUCACCUCCCCUGUCCACCCCACCACAGCAGGUCAAAGAGCCCAGCUCUGCCCCUGUCGGCCUGGGCUUGUGUCUGGGUUUGGGUCUCUCUUUGGAGGAGGAGAGCAGUGAGCCUACAAGCACGUCUAACCCUGAACCUGUUCACCCCCAGCAGGAGGACAAAGGCACCAGCACCCACAGCCCAAUCCCGCACACAAACCCAGCCUCCCCACCUGUUCAAGCCUUUCCCUGUCUAUGCUGUCACCGUGGGUUUCAAACCUGCACGCAACUUCUACGCCACCAAAAGGACCCGGAGGCACACAUCGCCCACUCCCACCACCAUUACUAUCACCAUCACUGCCCUCUCACCUCAUGCAUGCCGUGUGCCCAGUUGCACCAUGUCACCACGAACCAGUCACUCCCCUCCUUCCCAUGCCUGUCCUGCCAGCGCACCUUCCCCACCUGUACCCAGCUCUUGCACCAUCAGCAAGGCCAUGCACAGCAGGAGGGCCUGCAGCAGCUCUCGUGCAUGCACUGCAAUGCCUCUUUCCCCCGGCCUUCACAACUACUGCAGCAUCAGCGUACCCAGCAUGCAUCCAAGGCGGGCGGCUUUCUUUGUGCUGAGUGUGGCCGUGCAUUCAACUCUCACAGUAAUUUGCGCAUCCACCUCAACGUGCACACUGGCGCACGGCCAUACAGCUGCACAGACUGUGGUAAGAGCUUCAGCCAAUCAGGGGCACUUAAGAUUCAUAGCCGAAUACACACCGGAGAGAGGCCGUUUACCUGUUCUUAUUGCGGGAGGGGUUUCCCUCACCUGGCGGGGGUGAGAGCCCAUCAGCGCACACACACAGGGGAGAAACCUUACAGCUGCACCCAGUGUGGGAAGUGCUUUACUCAAUCUGGGGCCCUAAAGAUCCACACUCGCAUCCACACUGGUGAGAGGCCUUUCGUCUGCAGCCUCUGUGGGAAGAGCUUCUCCAACCGAUCCGGCAUCCGCUUUCAUCACCGCACUGUUCAUGGGAUUGUGACAGAGCCCAACUCUGUGGGAAGGCCAAGCCUGGCUGCAAAUGCAUCAUCCCCUGGUUCAAACUUCCAGAGAGUACAAAGCUCUGGUCAAGGCGCUGAUAAUUGCAGCAGUCUCAACCAGAUCUAUUUCCGGCAAAUGGAAGAGAGGAAUCCGUCCAGCAAAGGACAGUUAAGUGGCAAUGGGGACAAAAGAGCCCUUCCAUAUGCCUGCGAAGACUGCGGUCAGCGCUUUCAAGAUGCUCCGUCUAGAAACAGACACCAGACAUUGCAACACUACUCUGCAGAAGAGAGAGAGAGGGAAGACAGGGGUACAGAUAAAACCAAGGAGUAGACAGAAGACAGUAGGCACAAUUAUUAGAUAGAGACUAAAACAUUGCUGGAUAAGUGACUUUCAAAAGUGAGGGAAGAGAAAACAAAGGCAACUUAAUUAUGUACUGAGCCGAUGAACAAUGUGUGUUGUGAAAAGAACCAGACAAAUAAAAAUGACUAGGCUAAAUGGAGUGUAGUGGCUGCUGUUUUUUUUUUUUUUUUUUUUUUUUUAAUGGGGCAAUUUUGUGAAAAUUUUAAAAUCUGUAUGAUAACUCCAAAUUAAAAGUGGAAAAAUAUUGUCCGCUAUUAAUGUGUGUAAAUUGUGUAUCACCAUUAUUACACUGUUGAUACGUGAAUGAACCUUAUAGACUAAUAAACCUGUACUGUGGAUAUAAAUGGCCAAUUAGAAAGGAAAUUAGUGUAACCACACAACCCAGAGCAUCAGACUCUUCUUUUUGUACUGUCAGUUCAGCUCAUCUUUAAGUUAAUUGUGUACAGUACAUUUAUCAACAAAAAUAAACUUGUGUCAUAUUACAGUGAAGUAUAUAAUUUUAACAACUUUUAAUUGUGUUGUUUUCAAAAAGCUUACCAAUUUCACCAUUUUGUGUUACAGUAAUUAUCAGUGUGACCACUUUCUUUCUCUGUCCAUUAAAAGAAAGCAGAGGACUGUGCAUUCAGAUAUCCUUUAAUAAUGAUAUAUUGAAUAUGCAGUUGUACAGAUUUUGAAUAUACAGUUAUAAAAUAUUAAUAAAAAUAAAAGCUGGUAAAACUCUGGCAUCUUAAACGCUUGCAUUGCUUAUUAAUUU